AUGGACGUCGACACGAUACCUGUCACCGGGGUUGACGAGUUGGAGAAGCAUCUCGACGAGCUGCUCGCCGAUCCUACUCUGGAGCCGACUCUCAAAUUGUUCGACGACGUAGAGCUGCAGCUGACAGACGCCAACAUCCCAUCCCUGAUUCCCCGUCUACUCCCCAAGAUCACCGAUAUCCUCAAGCAGUACCAGCAGGACCCGGCCAUCUUGUGUAGCCUAGCCAUCAAGCUCCUCGCCCCCCUCGGCUUCACCCAGAUCCUAUCCAUAGCACCCGAAGAAUCUCUCAUACAAGCCUUGCGCUCUCCCGCGCCGUCUGCCAACAUCUUGGCCAUGUCGAUUCUUGAGAAGGCGGCGCGGUCCCCGAGCGACGCUGCUAUAUUGGCCAUGAUGAGCAAUGUCGUGGCCGAGUUCGUGACCAGGUGGCUGAGCGCGCCCCAGGUCGAAGUCGGCGAGAAGGGAUCGAGAGUCUUGGGGGAUCUGCUCGACGUCGACUGCGAUACUCGACCGCCAGACGGUCUAUCCGUGAACGGGACCGAGAUUACCGUGAGAAGGCCCCCAGGGCAGGGGCUGAUGUGGCGGCGAAUAUUUCAAGACCGCGAUAUAUACGGCCUCGUACUGUCGCUCAACAGCCGUGGGCCGCACCAGAAUGCCGAGGGCGGCCUCAGCACCAAGCAACUAACCCUCGCGCAAGGCCGCCUGCUGAGGGUCUUACCGAGGCUGGCGGCUCUCAACUUCGGCGCCGUGGCUCGGACAGAUUUUGCCGACCUGAAUCAGCGGUACGCCGGCUUCGAGGGCGACGGCGGGCUGUUGCACUUCGCUACUUUGCAUAUGGUCGACAGGGAGGACAUGCUGAUGCACCUGAACCUCAUCGACUUCCUCGAGACGUUUCUCAGCAUCCAGCGGAUCACCCCGUUCUCCACAUAUAAGAUGGAAACCCUCACGAAGCUGCUGGGAGAUGCGACCUCGCGAGACAACGUCCUAAAAGCCGCAAUUCUCUCCCUACCUGAGCGUACAGUGCCUGAAGAGGCCGAUGACCUCGGCCGAUUCAUACAAGAGGUUCUAGGUUCUCAGUAA